UUGCUAUAAAAUGGUGUUCUCUCGCUUUCCUCAUACGAUCAACCCAUAAGGAAAAAAAUAGGCUUACUAAAAGCUAAAACUAAAAAAUGGCAAAAACUAGUACGGUUGUUUUCUUUAUGUGCAUUGUUGUUGUGGUGGGAUCACUGCAAUUCUCUAGGGCAGACAUGACAGCUGAAAGGGACACUGAGAUUGAGAUGAGAUCUAAGUUGUUGCAGAGCGAAAUAUCCAACGUAAUGCCUCAAUUCAAAUCAUGUGUAGAAACCUGCGCGAAAGCAUGCAUUGCAAAAGACAGUGCCAACACAUCGUGUCAUUCUACAUGUGAUAAAGAUUGCAUGAAAAAGGAAGUUGUUGAUAAAAUCAGCGACAAACUAGGCAUUCGUAAUUGACCAUGAAAUUAAAGUUAGGACGUGGAAAAUGGUCGGAUCAAGUAUAAAUUAUCUGGAUAAUUAACAUUUCAGAGAGGAAAAUCUAAAUUCCUUGACCCUCGUCUCUUUCAUUUUUGUCAUCCAAUUGGUUGCUUCUUUAUAUAAAGGUUUUAUGUUAUGUAUCGGACCGGUCUUCUUUCAUCAUUAUUUUCAACAACGAGAUCAAUAAAAUUCAUCUAAUUUUUGUGUUUGUUCACAUAA